GCUCUACAUGAACUACAGCCAAAUUGAAAUUAUUCAUUUCGUUGUACAGUUACGUAUUGUUGAAAGCAAUCAACGUGAUGGAGUAACAUGGAUAUGAUUCAGAAAAACGCUUGGAGGCUAACACUCUGUGCUGUAACUAGAUAUGCGAAUAUACAGAAUGCGAUUAGGUGAAGUUUUAAAGAUUUUCGGAGCCGUGUCGAUAGGAUACGCAAUCAGGUUAUUUAUGGAUUUGUCUGUGUUGGAUAACACAUGUCCGAAUGCCCACCCUGUCAUGUGACUCACCUGCCUGUGAACAACCAACCAGCUGCUGUGACGAUCAAAGAAGACUUUCAGCCGAAAAUCAAUGUAUGAAGUCCUUCGAUGGGCGUACUUCAAUGAGAAAUACCUGUUCGAGAAUUUAGAUGAUGAUCCACGAAUCGGCUUGAUAGGAAGUUUUAAGUUUGACGUGCAAGAUGUUUUACAGCAAGCUCUAGAUUUCGUAAAUAAGGAUAGUGACGAAGAGUACAGAUUGUUUAACCUUUUAAAUGGAUAUAGACGGGUGGAUCCGGCGAAAGGGGCCGAGUAUAUCUUAGAUUUAGAACUUGAAAAAGUGGAUGAGAUAUCAACCGUUAUUGAUCGGAAGUUAUUAUAUCUUGUGAGACCCUUUCAUAAUUUACAAUUGCUUUCAAGAAAAUUUGGGAAGACCAACCAGAAUGUAAAUUUCAUUAUUCCACUCUCAAAGGUCACUGAUCGGUUGAAAGAUUUCAUGGCCAACUACGAAAAAAUCUGCUUAAAAACAAAAGAGUACACAAGUCUCCUUGCUGUACUUUUUCCUGGCACUACCGAUGACGGCAGACGCCAAGUAGAACAAGUGAAAGGGUUGUUUUAUAAAUACCAAAAACAGUAUCCUGAGGCAGUGAUUAGUUAUAUAGAGACCCAAGGUGAAUUUUCUCGUGCUGCAGGACUUGAUAUUGGAGCAAAACAGUUCUCAGCAGAAUCCUUGUUAUUUUUUUGUGAUGUUGAUGUUGAUUUUGAUGCUGCCUUCUUGGAUCGAUGUCGACACAAUUCUGUUCUCGGGGAGCAAGCUUACUAUCCCAUAGUAUUUUCACAGUACAAUCCUGAGCUGGUUUAUCAAGGGUCAGCUAAGAUCCCAAAAGAAACCAGUAAGGAUAUUCACAAACAUAAUGGAUUUUGGAUUCAUUAUGGUUAUGGAAUGGUUUGCUUACAUAACCAGGACUAUCGUGCUGUAGGAGGUUUCGACCUCUCAAUACGUGGAUGGGGAGGCGAGGACACAGAUUUGUAUGAAAGACAUAUUAAACUCACGAAAAAUUUUAAUUCUCAGUUGUCUUGUUCUGUUCCUGCAAUGAAGUUAGAUGCUGCCUUGGGAAUUGGUAAAGUUUUUGCACUUGCAUAUCAUUGA